CGGAUAAUGAUGACCGUCCCUGAUGCUGCUUCUGUCUUUCAACCACACUCCUUUACUCUAUUUUAAUGUCCCUCCAAUCCCUUCUUUGCCGUCUUUUGGUGCUGCUCGUCCCGCUGGCCGUGACGAGCAGCCUGUAUCUGUAUCUGUAUCCCGUCGUCCACGGGUGCGCCUUUCCUCUGCCGCAGCAUGACUCUCACUCUUUCUCGGAUGCCUUUCUGGCCACUGUGCGACAGCAUAUGCCCAUAGACGCUGAGCCCGCACCAGCAGCGCCAUUCCGUCUUCUCGUCCUUGCAGACCCUCAACUAGAGGGAGACAGCUCGCUACCUAAGGCAGAGGAUGAGCUGCCAGCGCGUCUGCGACUCCACUGGGGGCAGAUAUGGGCUGCCCUGACCUCUCCAGCUCUCCCUCUAAACUCGAGCUCGGCCACUGAUGCUGAGUCUACGUCGGAUUCUACCUCCAGCAACGCUUCAGAGUCAGACCCCAAGCCCAUUCUCAACCCGGACCUCAACACCCGCGCAAACCAAUCGACCCCGUUCAAGAUCAACCUCCCCGCCACGCAACAAGCCAUAACCAGCGCCCUGCACUCCCUCCUCCGCACCGACCUCCCCCGCACCCUCAAAGCCGCACGCAAACGCCUCGACCUCCUGGGUAACGACCACUACCUCGCGCACAUCUACCGCACCCUCCACUGGUGGACACAGCCCACGCACGUCACGGUCCUCGGCGAUCUAAUCGGGAGUCAAUGGGUCAGCGACGAGGAAUUCCAGCGCCGAGGCCACCGAUACUGGGAGCGAGUAUUCCAGGGUGGUGUGCGGGGUGACUCGUUCAUCCCUUCUUCUGCUCCCCCUGCCGACACCGACGACGACGACGACUUCGCCCUCAACCCCACCACCCAACCCUCCCGCUGGACCAACCGCCUCCUCAACAUCGUCGGCAACCACGACAUCGGAUACGCGGGGGACGCCAGCGCCGCGCGCAUCGCCCGCUUCGAAGAGACCUUCGGCAAAGUCAACUGGGACGUGAAAUUCUGGCUCAACACGUCCUCAUCCUCAACCUCAACCUCAGCCUCAAACCACGAUGCAACCCCACAAAUCCACAUCAUCAACCUCAACUCCCUCACCCUCGACACCCCCGCCCACAGCCGGGACAUCCAGUCCGCCUCCUACGACUACCUCAACGCCCUCAUCGCCGACCGUCUCGCGCCGGUCACCGACCGCUCCACGUUUACGUUGCUGUUGACGCAUCUCCCGCUGCACAAGCGGGCGGGCGUCUGCGUGGACGCGCCGCAUUUCAAGUUCUUCGAGGAGGACGACGAUCCCCCAAUUGGGGAGGAGAAAAGGUGGUUUGCCGGUGGGCUGCGCGAGCAGAAUCAUUUGAGUGAGUGGGUGAGUGGGAAUGGAGUGUUGGAGGGGGUGUUUGGGAUGAGUGGGGAUGGCGCGGUGGAAGGUGGUGGAUGGGGCAGGAAGGGGUUGGUGUUGACGGGGCAUGAUCAUGAGGGGUGCGAUGUUUUGCAUUUUGUGAGGUGGGGUGGGGGGUUGGACUCGGUCUUGAAAGGUGAUGGCGAGGGUGAGGGUGAAGGGAAGGGUGAGGGCGAAGGCGAGGACAAAGGCACAGGCAAACAGGAAACUGAAGUUGCUGCUGCUGCUGCUGCAGACGCAGACCCCGAGCAGAGGGACUGGCAAUGGGACGCCAAACGCUACUCCUCCGCGCAGGAGGCCGCGACUACUACUUCUACGUCAACGCCCUCCAUCCGCGAGGUCACCAUGCGCUCGAUGAUGGGUGCGUAUGGCGGGUACGCGGGCUUGCUGUCCGUGUGGUUUGACGUGGACAAGCAGGAGUGGGAGUAUGAGAUCCAGAUGUGCGCGGCAGGGGUGCAGCACAUCUGGUGGGCGGUGCAUGUGGUGGAUCUGGUGACUCUCGGCGUCGCGGUCGUGGUACUCCUUUUGACAGCGGUGCGGUCGAAGAAGCCCCAGGAACGGAAAGACGAUGUCAAGAGCCGACCUGAGAAGGUUAAGACAUAAGUUCACAACAGAGAUGAUAUUAUACACAUUUAUAUAAGCCUUAGACAUCAAGUAUAGCAAGCAUAGAUCAUGAUAGAUCAUUGAGGACAUUCAACCCUCAA